UCAAUUUUUUUGUAGGUGCAACCUAAGAAAUUAAAAUUAAUUAUUGAAGCUUAAAUAAAUCAAAAAAUAACAUGAAAAAGGAAUGAAAAAAUCUUGAAUAUAAUUCAAUAUGGCACUUACAAUACUAUACUAUUAAUAAAGAUCCAAUUAUCAAUUUAUGUUGCUAACAUCAACAAAUAAAACGUGAGGUGAUAGAUGUUUCUUUUAAGAUUUAUCACUCUUUCAAAAUUGUAUUUUGGAGAAGUCUUGGUGAAUUGUUUUAAGAGAAAGGUUUUCUUAAAUAAUGAAUAAAUAUGAAGUACUUGGUAUAGUUGGUGAAGGUGCAUAUGGAGUAGUUAUGAAAUGCAGACACAAAGAAAGUAAUGAUAUCGUUGCAAUAAAAAAGUUUAAGGACAGCGAAGAAAGUGAAGAUGUGAAAAGAACAACACUGCGAGAGUUAAAAGUAUUGCGAAUGUUAAAACAAGAAAACAUAGUUCAACUAAGGGAAGCAUUUCGCAAACGAGGAAAGUUGUAUCUCGUCUUUGAGUAUGUGGAAAAGAAUAUGUUAGAAUUGUUAGAAAGGACACCAAAUGGAGUUCCAAUACCCCAACUUAAAAAUUACAUAAACCAAUUGAAUAAAGCUGUCCAAUGGUGUCACAAGAAUGAUGUUAUACAUAGAGAUAUCAAACCAGAAAAUCUCUUGAUCAGUAACACUGGACUAUUAAAGCUUUGUGAUUUUGGUUUUGCAAGAGCAGUGUCUGAUUCGGGAAGUGGGCAGUACACAGACUACGUUGCAACACGUUGGUACAGAUCGCCGGAACUUUUACUAGGUGGAGGAUACGGAAAAGCAGUUGAUGUGUGGUCAAUCGGAUGUAUCCUUGGAGAACUUAGUGAUGGACAACCUGUAUUUCCUGGUGAAAGCGAAAUAGAUCAAUUAUAUGUGAUACAAAAACUGAUUGGACCACUGCCCCCUUCACAAAUGCAUCUUUUUAACAUCAAUACACGUUUCCGGGGGUUAAAAUUUCCAGCUAUUACCAACCCGUUGACAUUAAAAACUCGAUAUUCAGGUGUUUUAAGUUCAGAUCUUGUUCAGUUCAUGGAAUGGGUUUUGACGUUAGAGCCAGAUAAGCGUCCAACUAUAGAUCAAUGCGUGGAACAUUAUGCGUUCAAUGACAACAGCAAAAAAAAUAAAAUAGUGGUUAGGGAUGAUAGCGGGAGUAGUUUGGAAGACUAUAUGAAUGAAGAAUGGAGCAAAGUUGAUUAUCCUAUCAAACGUGAGCCUACCCCAAAAGUAACAGAAGAAAAAACUACAAAAUAUCAACCACAAAUCUCCAAUGAUAAAAAAAACAGUUUCGUAUUUCAUAGUACUCGAAACGACGAUGAAGGAACCGAUAAAUUGUACAAUGAAUUUAUUAGUGAUUCGAACAAAUUUUCAAUAAAAGAGCCGUCUUUAGCAAAGCCAAAGAAGCAAAGCUUUCAGAGAAAAACUGAAAAACAUAUUCCAAAGGAAAAACUAAAAAAACAAAAGUUUAAGUCGAAUUUAGUGACAUCUAGUUUAAAUUCGAAUUUAAUAACAUCGAAUUACUCACAGCAUGAUCGGUCGCAAGGUUAUAGUAAUGUUCCUGGUUCAAAAGGGGUCAAUUUUUCACGACACACUCAAAAACAAGAUUCUCAUAAAAAGCCUAUGAAGCAUCACUUUGAACAUGCAUCAAAAACAAGACAUAUAGACAACGGUUUUUCCUCUGUAGUUGAUCCAGACGAUACACUUCCUGUGGAUGAAAGCAAAGCAGAGGGCGUCCGCUUUUCACCUUUGUUUGGAAGAGAAAAAAUGACUGAAAGCCAACUAAGUCAUGUCAAAUUUGAUAGCAGAAAAAAAAGAAGAGCAAAACAAAGGGAUACAACGAUAUCACAAAUGAAUCUGUCCCAAAAAUCACGCUCUAAUACAUUUGAAUCUGAAAGUGACCAAACACAGUCGGGGAAUGUUGCUGAUCAACUCAUCAGGUACAGUCCUUCAGACAUGUCCGACUAUCAGUCGUGGAUAAAUUCAGACGUUUGUGAAAAGUAUUUGGAAAAUCGCAAGAAUAAAACGAAUGGAUUUAGCUACUACGGAGGACAACAGCCGGAUUCAAGACACGGAGAAAGGGACGGCCUUUUACAUAGGUCAUCCGUUAGCGAGUUAAAAUUACUACCUAUAUCCAAGAAAAAUUCAAAAUUAUUUAAAGAGCAAAACAAAAAAGUGAGACAACAAAACGACUUACCUAAUAAUCACAUGCAAAUUAUUCAUCCUAAUCCGAACAAGAGGUUUUCUUUUGAAUCAAUGAACGAAACGUCGCAACUACACGCGCCCGGAUAUUUGCAACCAGUUCGAAGGACUGUAAAAUCACGGAAUGAAUUUAAUUUGGAGGACUCAUUUGGAUCCGAACUCCGGUUAAAUCCAUUGUCACCGGAACCGUUAAAACCAAUUGUGUCGUUCAAGUCAAGACACGAGGGUGAUAAUCGGGAUUUUGGCAAAUAUAGAUCGCUCAAAGAUAGCUACUUUUAAAAAUGUAAACUGGUGUUCCAAUCAGACUUUUGCUAGGUCAUGUAUUUUUUAGAGUUAUCGUGGUCCUCUUAACUCCUACUUCGGGAAUAAUUUAGUAAAACAACUAUUCUUAUCUACCUUUGCAAUAAAACUUCAGUCGCUUUAUGCGGAUCCUCAGACAGAGUAUAAAAAGGGUUCUUUUUCUUGUCUUAAACAGAAUAACCACAACAAAUCCUUGUACGUAGUGUAAAGUAGGUCUAAUUUUUAAUUUUUUUCAAUGUAUGAAAAUUUAAUUUUUAAUUCUUAUAUUGUCUGUAUUAUAUAAAUGGUGUUUAUAGCAAAGUUUAAUAUAUUUCGAUUCACUGUUA